CUAUCUCUGUAACCCCCCUCCAACCCUCCCUAUCCCUGUAACCUCCUCCAAGCCUCUACAACCCUCCCUAUCUCUGUCUGUGUCUGUCCCAACUGCUCCUCCUUUGAAAUGCUACUCACAAACCGACCUCCUUGACCCAGCGCUUGGCCACUUGCCCUUAAUAUUUCCUCUUGUGUGUCUCGGGGUCUGAUUGAGAGAAACCCCCUGACCGAGUUGUACGGAGUUAAACGGCGAUAAUGUGAGUGCAUCGUUGUUAGCCCUGCAAUGCCUGUCAAGGCACCAACCCAGGAUGGAACUCAUCUGUUAAAUAAAAGGACCUGGCAGUGAAUAUUCAAUGAAUAAUUUGCAAUCAGCCCGAGGAGCAGAUGAGGCGGGUUAUUUAUUUAUUUUGUUUCCCACGCCCUGUGUCAUGUUCGACUUGAUUUUUGUUUUAGACCUUGUUAAGAGGUCGGGCGGUGUUCUGUUCUGUUCUGUAAGCUGCUUUGUCAGUGAACUAGUCAAGUCUCAGAGAGAGAGAGAGAGGGAGGGGUCUGACCUGUAGGUGGAAAUUCUGUGCCAAAAGUUGCUGGGACAUUGAUGAGAAGAGAGACCGACCGACCUGUUGUUCAGGAGAGAGCAGAUGGACGGAGAACAGGGACUUGCAAGCAGCCGGACGAUGCUGGUCUUAGUUCCGAUCCUCCUCUCUCUGCGGAUUUCAGCAGCGCACACAAAGCCAGCCGACCCUUCGACAUCACUGAGGGCGCAGGGAGCGAGUGGAGGUGUCAGCGAGACCGUCCCAGUCCUCCUGGUGACAGUGCAAGGUGACGGCAGGAGUGGAGUGAGCGCGAGUCAGACAGCCUCUGACGGUUUACUGAAUUCAGGAACGCCUGCUCCAUCCGAUGUAUCCCAGAGUUCCCCAACGACCACAGGAGGGGACGGAGUUGUGCUCAGAACCCAGGAAGCAGAGUAUGAAACAGAGAGUCCAGUGGCAUCGACUGGGAAGGAGCGCUUGCAGAACAUUACCACGGCCAGGGCCGAUUCCAGAGUUACCCACGCUGACCCUGAGGAGUUUACAGAUCCGGAUGGUUCAGGAGGAUUCUCAGACGAUGAAGUUGAGGAAGAGCUCGAGAACGGCCCUGGGACUGAACCCUCGAGAGGGACAUCUCAGGAUGAGGAGACACAGCUUGGCAAUGGGAAUUUCCGACAUCACCUCAUCCUUGUAGGUGCCAUGUCUUUCCUUUGUGGAGCUGCGUUGCUGCUUGCAGUUGUGUUCCUGAUGAAGAGAUUCACUGCACCAAAGCAAAAUGGGGAUUAUUCUUUGGCGACAGUGUGCCCGGAAUGAAUGUUCAUGCUGCCUCUUCCUCUUGAAGCGCCCUCUGGACGUUGUUUGAUUUUAUGCUCUUACUGAAUGUAUGUCAAAAUGUUAGAGUUUGGGAAAAGCUUGUAGCACCAGAAUUGCCUGAAUCUCUCAGUUAAAUCUUGAUACGUGUGUGUGUGUGUGUGUGUGUGUGUGUGUGUGUGUGUGUGUGUGUGUGUGUGUGUGUGUGUGUGUGUGUGUGUGUGUGUGUGUGUGUGUGUGUGUG